AUGUAUAACAGCCAAAGCACCUACGAAUCUCUUGUCGACGUUUGCGUAAAUUCGGCCAUGGCAAAUAUUCGGUCGAUGACAACGGAUCAGCUCAAUGAUCUGCUUUAUAAUGAGUCACGUUUCAAUGGAUUAGUUGACAGUUUACCUCAGAUUCGUUCCCUGCCGACUGAAAGAGAAGCUGGACUUGCUCAAAACAAAUCACUUGCUGAGUGGAAUUUAGCUCAAGAACCAAAAUUAACGCAGCUGCGGAAACAGGUGAAAGAUCUUUAUGGGCAAGCAACUUCUUUACGAACGGAAACCGAAGCACUCAAAUCAAAGCUUGAUGAAAUAUCUUCUUCAAAGUCACUGGAUACUACUAGUAACCUGCUGCAAGUAGCUGCUCAGGAAGCAGAUGAUGACGCAGAGGGUACGGCCAAAGCUUUUCUUGCUGGUACAAUUUCUAUUGAACAGUUCCUCAAGGAUUUGCUUGAAAAGAAAGCGUUGGCUCAUUUGCGGAAAAUCAAGUCCGAUCGUUUAAUCACGAUAUUGCGAGAUCAACAAUACUCUCAAGCUACUCCGUCUGUUCCACCGAGGACUGGGGUCGCUCCAUACCCAGAUAUACCUAUGCCUAAUCGGCACUCUUAUUACUGA